AUGUCUGCUUCAACAAACAAACCAAACAUUGUAAUUAUCGGAGGUGGUUACGCGGGGUUGACAGCCGCUCAAAAACUUUCUAGCGCGUUAAGUAAUACUCACCAAAUUCUUUUAAUUGAAAAAAAAUCUCAUUUUCAUCAUGAUAUCGGAGGAUUAAGAACAAUUGUCGAAGAAGGAUUUGAAAAAAAAAUAAUUAUUCCAUAUGAUCAUAUAUUUGAUAAACAUGGAGAUGGUAAAAUAAUCCACGGUACUGUAACAAGAUUCAAAAAAAAUGAUUUAAUAGUAAGAAAAAGCAAUGGUCAAGAACUUAAAAUUAAUUUUGAAAUUGCCGUCAUUGCUACUGGAAGUGAUUACUCUCGUCCUGCUAAAUUUAUCGGAGAAAAUAAAGAUGAUGAUGUUAAAGAAAUUUUGGAACAACGUGAAGCUUUAAAAAAAGCUCAAAGGGUGUUAAUUGUCGGUGGUGGACCUGUUGGUAUUGAAUUGGCCGGUGAAAUUGCAAGUGUUUACGGGAAGGAAAAAGAAAUUACACUUAUACAUGGGAAGGAAGAAUUACUUACACCAAAGUUUCCAAAGAAAUUAAAAGAUUCACUUGCAACACAACUUAAAGAUCUUAAUGUCAAUUUAAUUCUUGGAGAUAGAAUUGAUUUUGAAAGAUAUAAUGUUGGAAAUGGACUAUCAAAAAUGACGAUUACAACGGAAAAAGGACAAACUGUUGAAUCAGAUAUACAAUUUGUUGCAAUUGGGCAAAAACCGAAUACAUCAAUAAUUGAACAGUUGAAUGCAGAUUUAAUAGACGAAAAUACUCAUUUGGUUAAAGUUAAAUCAACUCUACAAUUAGAGUUAGAUGAAUAUGAUCAUAUUUUUGCUAUUGGAGAUAUUACUAAUAUCCCUGAAUCAAAGUUAGCUUUUAGGGCUGGCCUACAUGGUGAAUUAGUUGGUAAAAAUAUCGUUUCUUAUUUAACAAAUAAAAGAUUGGAAGAAUACAAGCCUGUGAAAGAAGCUAUGAUUAUUACCGUAGGAAAGAAUGGUGGUGCUGGUCUUUUACCAAUAUUUAAUGGGCUUGUUAUUGGAAGUAUGCUUACCAGAAACAUAAAAAGUAAAAGUCUCUUUGUUGAUAAAUAUUGGAAAAUGGCUAACGCUACUCCUGAAAAAUAA